UUUGUCGGCUGUGUUUUCCAGCUGACGUCCGCUCCUUGGUAUUCGCUACGAUUUUGAGGCUUCUGAUAGAAGUGGAAGCCCUUAUCAGCUCAACUCUACCGCAGUCGCUCUUUCGACACUCGUUUAAUUCAUUCGCCCUCGGCGUCGCUCUUUCAUCAUCUUUUAGAAGUCGACUAUCGUCUCUUUCUUUACGCUCAUUGAGUCCGUUUUUACUAUCCAGUCUCCAUUGAACGACUUAAUUACCACCCUCCUUUGCAGUCAGCAUUCGUGUCGUGCAGGCAGACACCUUUCCUUCACUUCACAGUCUACCGCUCUACUUUCGAGACAUUUGCUCACAGAUCAUUCUUUGAUUAUCGGCAAGUUGCGAUUCACAAUCGCCGCGCUUAUUUCGCCAAUAUCCAGCAGAAAGCGCUUCAAACGACCAGGCGUGGAUGUUACCAGGAUGGCCCAUCAUGGCACAGGACACACUCGGUUUAAUAGGGUGAUGCGGAGGAAAUAUCAACUGGACUCAACAUACUAUAGCGAAACCGGGCAGAUCCGCGACAAUAACCAUGAUACUCCGGCAACCAUGUCCCUCGAAACGGUCGUAGCUGGGUUGAAGAACGAGCAGAUUCUGGACCCGAAGUUGCAAAAGCAAGAGGUGCAUGACAGCCAAGAAUUGCUCGAAAAGCGACAGCAAUCCGACACCGCUACUGGGGAUCAGACCACGGUGUCUGCGACUGUGAUCAACGUGGUCGAUGACAAUUCGCAGACUAGCUCCGGUACAUCGGCAACCGCCCCGACCACGAUAUCUGACGAGUCGACCGUGCCCGCAACAACUGGCCUGUCAUCCGAGUUAGACUCCUUCAGCCUGUCACUUUCCGCUACGAUCUCGGUUGAGGUACCCCUGACUGCUUCUCCUGCGUAUUCCUCUCCCACCGCGGAUACACCAGCAGUGACAAGUACACCUGAACCAUCGUCCGCCCCGCCCUCGUCCGCCCCCACUUCAUCGAAGACGUCGACUCCGUUGUUCGGCUUUACCGCAACACCUCUCCCUUCCUCAACAUCUAUCAAACCGUCAAGCGCGUCGUCCGACUCCAAUACGAGUGCUACACAGAACGCCAGCCAAGUGACAUCCUCUAGCUCCGGUGCUGUAUUUGGCUACGGCUCUGAAACUACGGCGACGUCAUCUGUGUCUCAGACAAGCUCCACAACGACAUCCGUCUUCUCGUCCGAAUCUACUUCAACUGACCCGUACUAUGGCACCUGGGGUACAGCCUCAAACGGUGGGGCCGGAGGACUAGGGGGAACAGCUACUGGACAAGCUGCCUCGGAAACUUCAUUCUCUUCGGGGAGCUCAGGGUCCAGCUCCAACUCCAGCUCUAGCUCCGGAUCCGGGUCCGGGUCUGGGUCCCUUAGCACUCAGACCAAAGGCAAGAUCGCCGGUGGCGUAGUCGGUGGUGUGGCUGCCGCUAUGUUUGUGUUUGUGUUUGUCGUCUGGUUGCUCCGGCGCCGCAGGAAGAACAUCCUACCCCCGUCCGGGGAUGCACUUCCUGAGCCGGACACGACUGGAACUGCCGAAGGAUCUGUCCCACGCUCAGCGGAGAUGGCAUCGCGGCGGUCCAGCAAUGACCCCCUGUUUACUGCCUCCUACUUUGCUCCCGCGUUCAUGAAACGAUGGCGCCAAUCGCACAUGACGACGCGCACCGAUGAUAGUACCCUCAGCUCUGAACCCAGCGAGCGCGGCUUCCAGAAGAUCUCCGGUCGGAAAAUCCCCUCAGUGCUGCAGUCAGGAGGGGACGGGUACGGCGGUGGCUUUGAGCCGGGAUCGCCUACGGCAUCUGAGCCUAGUACAAUCUUUUCUCCAAGCUCGCCUGUUCAGCCACGGUCACCAGCGACGCAACCGCCUCUUACGACCCCGUAUGGCAUGCCGUUGGAUGCCAGCUAUACCCGAGAAGCGGAGGAAUCAGGGGGGACGGUGGUGUUUCGACCAUCGCCAGCCCGGACGCCAGUGACCGGGUCCGCCAGCGCCAGUCUAUCCAACGAACCUGGUGCGCCGCGAAUUGUCUCCCAGGUCAUCGUACCGGGAGCUCUAUCUCCAACGAUGCCCAAGCGACCAGAUGCGCUCGGCCGAAGCCAUCCGAGCUUCGAUGGCAGCCGCGGGAGUCGAUUCACGGAGAGUAUAUGAGAGGUUCUGGGGAAGUGGGUAUAUACUUGGAGCUUUGUACAUAUGUGGAGGAGUUAUA